AUGGCUGACCAGCCCAUGGCGUCCGCCCCGGACGCCCACGACGUCAAUGCAGGGCCCGUCGUCCACGACACCCACGACGGCCUCGAGCAUGAUCAUGAUCACGACCACGACCACGGCCACGAACACGACCAUGAUCACGAAACCCACGAAGCGCACGACGUGCAUGAUGUUCACCAAGUCGCAGACACGUCCAUCGCCUCCACUGCUGGCGGCACACCUGCCAAAGAGCGCCAUUCCCUGACACUCGACCAGCGACGCGCCCUUCGACGCUGGGCUAAUGCGCAGACGAAUCGACCCAGCCACAAGACGUGCAUCGAGUGGUUCUAUGCGCAGUAUGGCCAGCACAUUUCUCAGUCAACUGUCUCGCACUCUCUGUCGCCUAAAUACUCACGCCUCGACGGCGACAACCCCCAGCUCUCCGGUUCGCGCCUGCGCUUUGGCAACUGGCCCGACGUUGAGAAGCUUGUCCUCCUCUGGUACCAACAGGUCCAGGCGUCUGGUCGCCAGCCUACUAACGAGGAACUCGGCGAGAAGGCCAAGUCUAUCUUUGCUCAGCUGCCGCGCUACAAGGACGAGCAGCCGCCCGAGUUUUCCCCCGGCUGGAUUCACCGCUUCAAGAAGCGCUACGGACUGCUCGUGCGCCGCCAGCGCCGCCAUGGCGACGGCUCCCUGAGCCCCGCCGAAGACAUCAACUACCUGGCCGACUGCGUGCCCCGCUUCCUGGCCAUUUCGGCCGACACGUCUCCAGCGGCCAUCAAGGAGUCUGUCCUGCGCGUCGUCGGCGUCGAGGCAACGCUCCAAGUGUGCGCCCUCGUGCGCGACGAAAUCCUCCGGCGUGCGCAGAACCCCAAUGCCGGCUUGCCCUCCGGUACUGCCUCGCCCCAACUUGCCCUCCCACCCGCUCCCCACCCACACAACACGCACCCCACCGACCCGAACCUGGUGCCUGCGCCCACGGGCAACGGGCGCCGACACGACCAUCUGCAGCAAGAAGAGGCCGACGCCGAGGCCAGCGCCGCCGUCGCCCGCGAAGAGCGCGAGCAGCGCGAACGCGCCCAAGGCACAGCGGCCGCCGCCCUCGCGACGCCCGGCGAUGCACCGCGUAUCCGCGGGCCCCGGCGGCGGCGGCGGCAGCAACAGCACACCUGGAGGCGCCGCCCGAUACACCCCCUCGGACGAGCCAGUCUCCAGCCACGACCGCCCGGCUCUGCCCUUGCUGGUGGAGGAGCUCCAAGGCUGACGGCACAGUUCCAGGACAACCCAACCGUUGAACGCCUCUGCGAGUCGCUGCAUGCCCUCAAGGGCUCUGCCCUCCUCGUACCCUACAUAUCUUUGGAGAAGUCAAUGUCAUAUCGAUAG